AAACCUAUUCAAAAUUGAAUCAUCAUAGUUUUCGCGCUAUAUAAUAGUUUUUGGAGUUACUGUCAACUAUACGAAAACGAAAUCUCAGAUUAUUAUUACAAAGUAUGUGUUGUUUACCUAUCUUUUAAUGUGAUAAGAUUACUCCAGAACUUGGCAAAAAUAAAUGAAUCUUUGUAAGUAUAAUGUGAUAGAACUAAUUAGUUCAAACAAAGAUAAGAGUGACCCUGAAAGUGAACCGAUCUAGGAACUUACAAGUGAUAUUAAAAUGUUGAUUCCAAGGUUUAAUAAAUUCAGUUCCUUUUUAAAGAAUGGAUCUGUACGAUUAUUGGCCACUCAGACUCAGCAGCAAACUGAAAAUGCGGGUCCUGUGGUGUAUCAGAAGUUAUUGGGAACAGAUAGGGGUAUUGCGCUGUACGGGCUGAACAGCCCGAAAGAUCGCAAUGCUUUAGGAUUUGGUAUGAUUGACGCUAUGCGGGAAGUGAACCAAUUGAUCAGAGAAGACACCAAGAUCUCGGUAGUUAUAUUGCACAGCAUGGUACCUGGAAUUUUCUGUGCUGGUGCUAACCUAAAGGAAAGAUUCAAGAUGGCAGAUGAUGAGGUAGCUAAUUUUGUGCGAGGAUUAAGAGCUACAUUUAUUGAAAUUGAAGAUCUACCAAUGCCAACAUUAGCAGCUAUUGAAGGUGUCGCUGUAGGCGGUGGGUUGGAGCUGGCUCUGGCAUGUGAUAUCAGGGUAGUGUCAGAGACAGCCAAGCUGGGCCUGGUAGAGACAGGCCGAGGCCUAAUCCCUGGUGCUGGGGGCACUCAGAGAUUGCCCAGAGCAGUUAAUAUUAAUAUAGCUAAAGAGCUCAUUUAUACUUCAAGAAUUGUAGGCGGUAAAGAAGCAAAGGACCUUGGUAUAGUCAAUCAUGUUGUACCACAGAAUGUAGCUAACAAUGCCGCUCUGGAGAAGGCAUUGUCCAUUGCUCGGGAAAUAGCUUUAAAUGCUCCCAUUGCUCUUCGUUGUGCCAAACAAGCCAUUAAUGAAGGUAUUCAGCUGAGCAUAAAGGAUGGCUAUGAAGUGGAACAGAAGUGCUAUGAAAUCAACAUUCCCACCAAAGAUAGGCAGGAGGGAAUGAUUUCCUUCAUGGAAAAGAGGAAACCUAUUUAUGAAGGUCAUUAAUGCUCAAAAACUAGGUGUAGGGUGGUGUAGGCAGACACACUUGCUGUUUACUAGCUAUUUAAGUAAUGAAUGAUGGUGCAUAUUCACAUCACAGUACAUAUUUUUACAUUUGUAUAAUGCAUGAGCAUAAAUAUUUUAUAUUCAAUAUUGAAUAAAUUGUUUUUUAAAAAA